UGUGCUGCAGUAAAGAGCCCUUCGCUCAGCCAACUGCUACUACUCUGUGGAGGGCAUCGCAUCCUCCCUGCCUUUUUUUUCUGUUAUUUUCCUUUCCUUGUGCUUUUUUCAAACCAUGCUUGGAGUGCCUGAAUGAAAGCGUGCGGAUUGAGGGGAAAGGACGAGAUUAUGUGUGUGACAGAAGAGCCAGGCGUACUGCAGUGAGUCAAACAGAAAGAGUGAGAGCUCUCCACACCCAUGACCGUGUGCCUGUCUGAGAUCCACUUGAACACAGCCAAACGGACUCGUUCGUCACCUGACAGAUCAGCUAGAUUCAUGGUCUCCACCGCCGUACUUCGAUGAAGACAGCUACCCCUCCCCUCCCAGGAAUAUGAAAGGUUUAUCAAGCGGUCGUCCUCAGCUCACCUUCACAUCAGGACACACCUGUGGGCUGCCAGACUGCGAUCAGUCCUUCGAUCACUUGCAGCAUGUCGGCCCCGACUCCCGCUCUCCCUACCUGCUCAGUCCCACCGAGAGUUGCCCUUUGGAUCCACACCGCUGCUCACCCCGCAGCUCCAUCCACUCGGAGUGCAUGGUGAUGCCAGUUUCUAUGGCAUCUGACCACGUCUCCAGCAGCACCUUUCCUAGAAUGCACUACAGUUCACAUCACGACGGCUCGCGGGACGACGGCUCCACUUCUCACGGUGGAGGAGGAGGUGGUGGAGGAGGGGUUAGCAUUGUCAGUGGGGGUGGCGGAUCCGGGAAGAUGAACCGUAUUCCUGCGAACCUCCUUGACCAGUUCGAGAAGCAGCUACCGAUUCAUAGAGAUGGUUUCCACACGCUGCAGUACCAGCGCACGUCUGCCACCACCACCAACAGUGAGCAGCGCAACGAGAGUCCCGGGCGCAUCCGCCACCUGGUGCACUCCGUCCAGAAGCUCUUCACCAAAUCGCAUUCUCUUGAAGGCUCAUCCAAGAUGAACGGCACCAAGGGAGACUCUCGCUCAGACAGCGGACACCACCACCAUCACCACCACCAUCACGGCCAUGACCAUGGGAGCCACAAACACAGCAAACGAAGUAAGAGCAAGGAACGCAAGUCAGAGUCCAAGCAACGCUCAGGGAUAGCAGGCUGGUGGAGCUCUGAUGACAACCUGGACAGUGAUAGCACCUACCGGACUCCCAGCAUCAUGAGUCGGCACCACGGAGAUCAUAUCACCCACUGUUACCCGGACAUGGGCCACGGGCACUUCGGUGACCUUUCACUAAAGACCUCUAAGAGCAACAAUGAUGUGAAAUGUUCAGCAUGCGAGAGCAUCGCUAUGGCCCCCGAGGGCAAAUUCAUGAAGCGCAGCUCCUGGUCGACGCUGACUGUCAGCCAAGCUAAAGAAGCCUACCGUAAAUCUUCCCUCAACCUGGAGAAACCGACCAUGCCUCAAGAUCUGAAGUCCUCCAUGAGGCCUUGUCAUUUUUUGCAGGUCCCUCAGGAUGAAUGGGGAGGGAGAGAUGAGGAGAUCCCAUGCAGAAGAAUGCGGAGCAGCAGUUAUGUUAAAGCAAUGGGUGAUCAAGACAGUGGAGACUCUGAUGGCAGCCCCAAAAACUCCCCGCAGAAAAUGGUGCGACCCAACGCGCUCGUCAAAUCUGUGCUGCAGAGACAACUUUCAGACCAGAGCUCAUACCGUUUGGACAAGUCUAGCCGGGACAUGGUCAAAUACCUCACCAAUAUCACUGCAGAUUUAAGUCAAAGCUACCAUCUUCAGACCUCUAGGGAAAUCCAUCCCAGCAUCACACUGGAACCGUCACCCAACUACAACUCGCCCAAAUUCCGGUCCAGGAAUCAGAGCUACAUGAGAGCGGUCAGCACCCUGAGUCAGGCCAGCUGUGUCAGCCAGGUCAGCCAGGUGAGCGAGACCGAGGUUAAUGGCCAGUUUGAGUCGGUGUGUGAAUCCGUGUUCAGUGAGGUGGAAUCUCAGGCCAUGGACGCUUUGGACUUGCCGGGCUGCUUCAGGACACGUAGCCACAGUUACCUGCGAGCCAUCCAGGCUGGAUUUUCACAGGACGAUGACUGUGUUCCCUCCAUGACAUCAUCUACUGUCACAUCCACCAUCAGGUCCACCACAGGAAUUCAGUUCCAUCUCCCUUCUUCAGGCAGUGUGGAUCGGCCAUCCCAACAACCACCAGCGGUCACCUACACUCCCAGUACACCCACCUACAAGAGGACUCCUCCGCCUGUUCCACCUCGCUCCACCUCCAAACCCCUGAUCUCCAUCACGGCGCAGAGCAGUACAGAGUCCACGCAGGAUGCCUACCAUGAGGGACAGCUGGCCAGAGGCCUCUGGGGUUCAGACGGGUCGAGUCUGAGUUUGGGACGAGCCCUUUAUAACUCAACUGACAGUCUGGACAGUGCCAAGGCCGUCACUAUCGCCAUGGAAGCCGCUGCCAUGGCGAUGGCAGGAAAGAGACACCCCUCCACCGACAGCCACAGUUCAGUGAUGACCUGUGAUAAAGCUGUGCUCGUGUCCAAGGCAGAGGAGUACCUGAAAACACCAAGAUCAUCUAUAGGAAUACAGGUGGAAGCAGCUACUGAUUCAGAGUGUGAAAGCAAAGGCUCUCGAGAGUAUCAGUCUGUUGGGAUUCAAGUAGAAGACGAGAGACGACAGGGCCGGUUUAAGCGCUCCAACAGUGUCACCACCGCUGUCCAGGCUGACCUGGAGUUGGAGGGUUUCCCUUUAAUGGAGGAUAAAGGCCUUCAGUUUGGAGGAGGUUUCCAACGUCACAGCGAGCCCAGCACUCCAACGCAGUACGGAGCUGUCCGGACCGUCCGCACACAGGGUCUCUUCAGCUACCGUGAGGAUUAUCGCACCCCUACGGAGCCCCCGAGUCCCCAACGGAGCCCUGAGCCCUGGCUGGAGCCCUCGCCGCGGGAACCUAUUGCCACUGUGGCCGUUACAGUAACACCACCCCAACCGUCGGACUCAGGGAGAGCGUCACCCUCCUGCAGGAGAGACGGAAGCUGGUUCAUGCAGCUGCUUCACACAGAGACGAAAAAGAUGGAGGGAUGGUGCAAAGAGCUGGAGGGAGAGGCGGAGGAGAACGAUCUGUCAGAGGAAAUCCUGGGGAAGAUCCGGAGUGCUGUAGGAAGCGCGCAGCUCCUGAUGUCCCAGAAAUUCCAGCAAUUUUAUUGGCUCUGCCAGCAAAACCUAGACCCCAGUGCCAUGCCUCGGCCCACUUCUCAGGACCUUGCCGGGUUCUGGGACCUGCUGCAGCUCUCCAUCGAUGAUGUUACCUCCAAGUUCAAUGAGCUGCAGAAGAUCAAGUCCAACGAUUGGAGGCUUAUUGACAGUCCAGUGAAGAAGCUCCCGCCGCCAGUACCAAAGAAGACAUUACGUAAGAGUGUGACAAGGGAAAAAUCUUUGGAUCUCCCAGACCGUCAGAGAAUAGAGGCAAGACGGCGCCUCAUGGCAGCCAAACGCGCAGCUUCAUUCCGGCAAAACUCAGCAUCAGAGCGAGCCGACAGCAUCGAGAUCUAUAUACCAGAGGCCCAAACACGACUCUGAGAGACACAGGGAACACCUUUAUCAUACCGUCAACAUCAUUUUCAAUGACAGUUCAGAAUACCACGACACAAUCAUCAGGCUAAUCAUCCGAGACAAGGGUUAAGGGUUUUGUAUACCUGGUUUCCGAACUGCCUGCAACAUCCUUGUGAAGUUUCCCUAUUGAGGGAGACUCACACUUCCCCACAAUACAACAUAUUGCACAACAUAUCGCAAUUGUAGGCCCUUGUGACAACAGUGUUGCCUGAUGAAGCAAAACUUCACAUAUAAGCUUUAAUCACAGCUGAGAAACACGUUCAAUCUGACGAUCCCUUUGUUAGUGUCUUUAUGACAUCUGUUUAGCACUUUCAAAGUUGAAAAUUCCCAUUUUGAGGCCUCCGAUCUUUCAUUUGAUUUCAUUAGAUUGAAGAAAUAUAUUUAGUUCGUGCUCCAUUUGGUUUCAUUUGCAUUUCAUUUCUCUCCCUCCAUCCUUGUAGUUCAGUUUUUUUCAGUGACGUUCAUAGUAUUUUUGUCUAUUGUGAGCAUUGUGCCAGUGCUGAAAUACCUCAAUCAUACAUUUCAGACUGAAGCCGCUUGCUAGAACGGACAGUCACAGCCUUUAAAAAACUAAAAAAACUAAUGUUAUAAGUCACACUACACUGUUAUGGAGUAACUUCAAUCUCAGAAUGAGGGUUUACGCUGUCAGAUCAAGAGAUCAGUUUUUAUUAUUCUCGUACUUACAGAUAUAACGCUGAUGGUUUGUCAUUCUAGAGGAGCUGCUGUAUGUUUUUGGGUGCAAUUGCUUCAAACCUAAAAUCAACAAUGUAAAGGUUCAAAAAUGCAUUUUUGCACUUUCUUCUUCUAAAUGUGUGUUUGUAUGUAUUUCCAAGGGAAAUGAAGUUCUAAAAGAUAUUGUUGCAGUUGAAUUGCAAGGUUUUGUGUGACUAUCGAUUUGUCAUUUCACGUCUCUGAAUGUUUCAUUUCUUCAGCCUCACCUGGCCAUUCAUCGGUUUGUAUUUAUUUUUAUUGAACAGUUUUUCUCUCCAUCUGCUAUUAUCAAGCUUCUGACCCAUGUUCUCUGCACAAAAAAAAAUCAGCUUUUUAUGUCCUUUCCGUACGUCUUGACAAAGAAUCAAUGAUUCUGUCUGGGCUGAAGGAGAUGUCGGUGUUCCCAUUAUUAUCCUGAUCACUUGCUGGUUGGUGAUGGAUGGUUUAUCUGUAAGACUGCACAUCUGUGAGAAUGAUUUAAUAGUAUAAUCAAACUGUUCUCAAGUCAAUUUGAAGGCAUUUGUACAAAAAGGUGACUGCAGUACACAUGAUGGUCGAUUAUAUUACAUGAUCAUAACCAAAGGCUGGCGCUACUUUGAAUUGUUAUACAAUCAUUGGAUUUAAUUGAAUUUUUAAUAGUUUUUCAUUGGAGUCUAUCACUAAAGAUACUACUUCCUGUUUGACAUCCAGCAGUUCAGCUUUAACACUUGUUCUUUAAUAUGAAGUGUAAAAAGGGCCUAAAAUUAGCAUCUGCUAAGUACCAAAUGGAAGUAAAAAUAUGAGUUGCGCAGUAAAUGAGCAACUGAUAUCUGCCAUUUUCACAGUUUUUUUAUUUUAACAAUGUCAAAGAACAACAAUGUGGUUUAGUGCUAUUUUUCAUUUGUAAUAACUGUGCUGUAAUGAUAUAAAUGUAAUCUGAAGCGCAGCACUGUGAUCUCAUGAGCAGCUUACAAAAACAUAGUCUUCAGUAUUUCACCAUUUGCAAGUGCUGUGUGUAUGAGUUGCUUAAAAUAUGCAUUUAAAGGGCACCUAAUUUACCCUUUAUACAAGAUCUAAGAUAAGCCUUUGGUGUCUCCAGAAUGUGUAUGUAAAGUUUCAGCUCAAAAUACCCAUCAGAUUAUUUAUUAUAGCCUCCAGAAUCUGCCUAUUUUGGUGUCUGUAUAAAUUGUAGCUGUUUUUGUAGCCUGCGGCUUUAAAUGCAAAUGAGCUGCUUCUCCUCGCCCACCGUUACCACUUGCGUGUCUGCUUCUCAUCAUGUGCAUCAGAUAAACAGCAGUCAGUGACAGAGACAGACUCAGAUGAACCUGAAAUACAGCUCAUUGGUCAAAAAUACCAAGUAAGUUUAUUUUAUAUAUUUGAAGUGGAGUUUAUUCAAGCCUUUCUGAAAUGAUGAGUCUCACACAAAGCUGUUUGCAGUACACACACACACACACACACACACACACACAUAUUAGCAAUUAAUGACACCAUGCAGCCGUGGUGAUUAUAGUGAUUAAGAAUUACAUAGCGAUUUUACUGUCUUUAUUACAAACAUGCUCUGUUUUAAAAACAUUUUGAUCAUAUAACCCAGCGAGUUGUAAAAAAUAUUUUAAUCCCAUUUUAUUUGCAAAACAAAAUGUUCUGUGGACUUGUGUAUACAUGUUAUUAUAGAAACAUGGUGCCUGUCAAUCAAUUCAGUGGGCAGGAAAACCGCACUCCUACGUCACUGGGAUUUGGGUGCUAUUUUAACAUCAGGAAAUUUUCAAAAAGAUACUUGUGUUUAUAUCACUCCAAUAUGACCGUGGACACACUAUACGUUCACACAGUUCUGUCCAAACAGCUUACAAAAGAUGAUUUUCAUCAUAGGUGCCCUUUAAAAAAAGUUUAUAUUAUUAUUCAUACUAUACAAUACUAAAAUAAACUUAAUUAUUAACUACUGUUAAGUAGUAUUGUAGUCAUAGUUCAUUGUUAUCAUUAUUCAUUGCUAUUGUUAUUAUUAUUCAUAAUUAUAGCUGUGUGUUUACCAAAUAUAUGCCUUUUUGCAAGGAAAUACUGAACAAUGGUAAAACAUUUUAAUUUGCUUGGUACUUUCUCGUAAGUAAUUGGCAAGUGUGGCAAAAUGCUAAUUUUAGGUCCUGAGGUAAGUGUUGCAUCUAAGUGACUCAUGGCCACUGAAAUGUCACUGCUAACCAUUUCAAAACCCUUAAAAGUCUUUCUUCUUGCCUUAUUUUGCUAUAUUAAAUUCACCAUAUCUCCUUACAGUGUCCAUCAAGCACGGUUACGUUUCAUUUCAGAUGUCAAGCUGCAUCCCCACUUUCCACCCUUUUUUGCCUCUGUGUCAACUGAAGGAGACGAGGCCAGAGAUUAGAGGAGAUUACUUUAUCACUUCCACUCCACUUCCCUGUAGCUUCAUAUUCUCAAUUUCCUUUGCGGGAUGACCUUGAGAAAAGCUCAUCGUUAGAAGCAAAUAUUUUCUUUUAAUUUGUCGUUGCUCCGUAUCUUCCUGCUGUAAGUCAUUGUUCAAACACAAUUACAGCAUUCCAUUCAAGAGACGCUUGUAAUCGAUGAAACUGACUUCAGCCUGUGGGAACAUUUUAGGAAUAUAUUUUCUUAAAACAUAGCAUCUAAAGUGACAAUAUGGCAUUCUGCUUCUCAUUUCACAUCAACGAAAGUGUUAAUUGAUUAUCUUGUUAAUCAUUGUUUGAAAAUUCCGAGUCGUGGCCCUCAGGGUUUACAGAAAUCCACUCUCCUAGGCCUUACAAACUAGUCGGACUGUUGAAAUACACAUUAAACUGAUGGGUAACUCUUUCAAAUACUGUUUAAUGCAAUAGCUAACAUGAACUUUAUUGAACUAUAUAUAUAUUUUAACAACAUUUGUUAAUAAAAAAUACAGUGGAUUCAGUAGUUCAUGUUAGUUGUAAGUGCAUUAACUAUUGCUAACAGAUAUUUUUCAAAAUAACUUUAAGAUU